AUGAAAGAAGCCAAAAUCGUUGUUAAAAAAGAAGCCAAAUCUCGUAAAUUUACCGCAGCAAAACUACCUCGAAAAAAAAAAACUGAAAAAACCAUGGUUGGAAGCCCCAUAAUACUACUACUUGAAGGAAAAAAGGAAGGGAAUGUCCAUAAACUUAUUCUAGAUGUGAAAACAAGAUGGAACAGCACCUUUUAUAUGAUUGAUAGAUUUUUAGUAUUGUCUAAACUCGUUUCCGAUGUCCUUCUACAAAAACCAUUAGGUCCUGAAAUGUUCACAGCAAGAGAGCUACAACAAUUGCGUGAAACGAUAAAAUUACUACGGCCAUUUGAGAAAGUGACUCUAGAAAUAUCCAGUGAAAAAUAUGUUGUUAUCAGUAAAAUUAUGCCCCUUUUGAAUUGUGUUACCAUUGAGAUAGAGUCAAUACAACCUAACUUAGAUAUUGGAAUUGAACUAAAAAGAAACAUUAUCGCAGAAUUGAAAAAACGGUUUGGUAAAAUUGAAUUUUUAUAUAUGAUUCCUAUAGCUACAAUUUUAGACCCUUGGUUUAAAAAUUUGCACUUCAGAGAUCCUGUAGCCUGUCAAAAAGCCAUAGCAGAGGUAAAAAAGUUAGCAAAAAAUUCAGUACAGGACACAAGUUCAACUGAAUGUUCAAGUAUGGACGAAGAACAGAAAACUGAUAAUUUUGAUUUAUGGGAACACCACAAAACAUUGGUACAUAAGAAAUAUAAGAAGAAACAAACAAGAACAGAUUCAGCCAAAACGACCAAUGUAAAUGCCUACCUAUCGCAGCCUUUAAUUUCUCUAAAAGAAGAUCCAAUCCAAUGCUGGGAAGAAAUGAAAACAGUAUAUCCGGAUUUAUAUAUACUUGCUCGGAAAUAUUUGUCUGUCAUGGAUUCAUCUGUUCCUUCAGAAAAAUUAUUUUCAAAGGCCAGUUUAACGCUUUCAAAGUCAAGGAAUAAACUUUUAGGAAAGAGAUUGAGUAAAUUACUAUUUUUAAAUUCAGUUGAUGAUUUUUGGUUCCAUACUUCAUAA